GCUAAUCACAUAUACAAAAAUUUUCUAUCCUCGAACAGUCGAACUUUAACUUUGAGAAAAAACGAUGAAGGAUGAUACAAUCACACCGGAUGAAGAAAAUCUUCGCUCACCGAAAAUUUCAACACCUGGAACUAGUCGAAGUGUAACGUUAGACACCAAUAAACCAGUAUUAAGAAAUAGACAACGCCAACGUUCACAAUCUCAACCGCCUACUAUUAAUUACCAAUCUACUAGGCAAAUUGAACAAAAUAAGCCAUUUACUAAUCUAAUUUUAAUUAUUUUAGUUAUUUUAAUUUUAUUUAUUGCGUCAUAUGUGUUUAUAUUUUACGGACCCAACAUUCUAGCAUAUAAUAAACCUGAACCGAUUCCGACUUUAUUGGAUAUUGACAUUAUUGACGCACCAGCCAUACUCUUAAUUGGAAAAACGGGCGCGGGUAAAAGCACAUUAGGGAAUUUAUUGUUGAAAACUUCCGAAUAUGAAAACCCGACUUUUCCUGUCUCUGAUAGCUUUUCAUCCUUCACUAAAAAAUCUGGUUUCGCGACAAUAAAAAUUGAUAAUAAAACUUAUAACGUUAUCGACACGCCAGGAAUUUUUGACACUGAUAACCCCAACGAAGUUACUCUAGAAGAAAUUGCUCGAACUAUCCGAAAAUGUUCUUAUGGGAUUAAGGCCAUAUUGUUCGUAAUUGAAGCCAAACGGUUCACGAUAGAACAAAAAGAAAUGGUUAACAAAAUAAAAUUAUUUCUCGGAGAUGAAGCGCUCCGAUAUAUGAUAACUGUCUUUUCGUUUUGUGACAAAAAGCAAACCGAAAAUCUUGAUAAUUUUAAAAAGUCAUCUUGGAAUAAAGAAUUUAAGGAUUUCAUCAAUUCCAUGGGUAAUCGAUGGGCUAUUUCUCCGAACUCAGAUAUUUUCCCGCCUGAUAAUCGUGUGCAUCAACAACGCCUCAGAGAAUUAUGGAAUCAUAUUAUUUCUAUAGAUGGAGUGUACACAAAUGAAUUACUCAAAAAAGCUCGGAAAAAACAAGAAGAAAAUGCAAGAAUUGCGAAAGAAGCGGAAGAGAAACGAAAAAGAAAAUACGAUGAAAGUAGGAGAAGAGAAGGUGAAAUAAAUGCAUUGGCGAAAUAUGAGAUGUGGAGGGCAGAAGAUGAGAAACAAGCAAAAGAAAGACAAAAAAAGGAAAUAAAGGAGAUAGUGGGAUCUCUACUCAAAAAAAUAGAAGCCCUAGAAAAAAGAGUGGAUGAACUUUCCGGUGGUUGUUUCGAGCUUGAAACACAAGUCAAGCUUGAAUCGGGAAGAAUUAUUAAAAUGUCAGAACUUCAAACAGGGGAUCGAGUGCUAUCAAACGUAAGAAAUGAUAUUGAUGAAUAUUCAGAAGUUUAUCUUAUUGCUCACAUUGGAAAACUCGAGCAUGAAGAAAAGUUUGCUAAAGUCAACUUUACUAGACCGGAUGGAUCUAAAGGACAAUUGCGGCUCACAACUACUCAUUAUGUCUUUGAUGAAAAUUUAUCAAUAAUAUUCGCUAAAGAUCUGCGUCCUGGAGAAACAAAGAUUUUGGUAUCAGAUGAUAACAAUAAGCUAGUUUCAGUCUUUGUGGAUGAUGUAACAAUAGAAUUACAUGAUGAGUACAUUAGUUUCUACACACGAGCUGGGUCAGUUAUCGCCAAUGGUGUGCUUUGUUCCUGUUACGAUCAAUGCCCACCGUCUCAAAUGCUUAUGGAUCUGGUUUUUUUACCAGUUCGUUUGUGGACUUAUAUUAUACCAAGUACACAUCGUGAAGAACGACUUCAUCCAUAUGUUCAGUUCUUUGAAACUGUAUAUCUUUUAUUUAUAAAUUUUAUGGGAAAAGGCAAACGACUUAUUGGAAACUAAAUCGUUAGUACAAAAAUGUAAAUUAAUUUGGUUUAGAUGAUAAUAUUUCAUGAUAUUUUGUUAAUAAAUAUUUUAUUUGAAAAUUUGAUAGCGGUAAUUUGAUUUGUGAUUGAU